AUGAAAAAGUACCAGCUUAUCGGUCGAAAGAAUAUCUUCGUGCGGCUGAAACCAUCUGCCAAACUUGUCACUUAUCCAUACCUCCAUCUCUGCUCACUUCCGGUGGAAAUCUUGCUAGCCAUAUUUGCCCAGUUCGACGAUCCAGAGAAUCCCUCCUAUACAACCCUUGUCAACUUGGCUCUCACCUGCAAAAAGUUCCAGGCCAUAGUCUACAAGCACAUUUUCUACCAUCAUGUGCUGCUCAAGUCACCUGCAGUGUUUUUCAAGUUCUGUGAACGCCAUUUGGCUCCAAACCACGCCAGCAGCAAGAUCAACUACAUUAAGCUUCUAGUGGUGAAGAACCCUCCAAUCAGAGACUCGUCCAAUUUCAAGCUUAAGAUCGCCGGCCACUACAAGUUUGAGCAGUUUUCCAAUGGGAACCUUGGUUAUGCUGAUUUUCUAGGCUGUCUUGCUCACUUGAUGAACGAAGCCUACGGUUUGAAAGUAUUGUCUAUCUCGGAAAUAUCUCCCGAUUUCGGGUUUCCAGUCGACACCAGUGGCACCCACGGCUCUUCCUCUGGUUCGUCUUCUUCUUCAGCUUCGGCCCGUACUCUCCAAAAAUUGGUUCUCAAAACACAGUCUGGCUGGUCCAUUCCCUUUCGUUUAUCCAAUAUUUCGCUUAUCUUCAACAGCUUCGAUGUAGUACAAGAGCUUGAGCUCGUCAAAUUCAUCAUCGAUGACUACAAAUUAACAGUAGACCCUUGUUCUGUGAAAGUUCACAUCUCCACUUUGAAUCUCAACGCUUGCAUGUAUGCUCCAACGUUCAAAAAGAGACACCCCACAAAGAAGUUGAUCCCGUGUCCUCUCUUUGAGCAAGUUACUUCGUUGAAUUUGUACAACAUUCAAACCGGAAACGACUUAGCAAUUAUCGAUUUCAUCAAACUCAACAAUCGUUUGAAGACCUUAUCGCUAGACAUGGCAUCGUCCAUCUUCUACACCACAUCUUCGUCUGUAUCUGUAGUUAAUCCUGUAAAGAAAGUAUUCAAUUUUGCCAAGUACAACCGGUUCUUCAAGUUGGUAUGCUCGGGUCAUGGAGGAUACAGCACGUUGAAUGAGUUGAUACUCUCUGAUUUCGAUUUGGUAGAAUACUUUGACCACAAUACCCGGCACCAGUUGGAACUCAGUGAUGUCGAUUCUUGGGUAGAACCAAGUACAGACAAUUUUGAGUCUUUUUUGGCGUUCCUCAGUAGCAUUGCUAACUUGUCUAUUAUCCUCAGCAAGAACUCGACGGUUACAAGGGUUAAGACCUGUGUCAAUUGUGGCUUUACAACUACAAGCAACGAUCUUAAUGUCAGUUCUCUAUCAGCAUCAAAUUGGACAGUUCUUUUAAAGCCACUACUUUUAUCAAAUGAUGAAAAGUGUAACGUAAAAGUCUAUAACCACAACCUUCACUUGCUCUUCAGCAGAACCCAGCAUUCUUAA